UAAUUACUAGUGUUGUCAUCAACAGGGCUAUGCUCUUUUACACUUUUCGUUCUCUUCUCUAUAAAUUCUCCCCCUGCAUCAGGUCAUUUCGAACCUGAAAUUUUUGUUCACUGACAUGUCAUACUGGUGAAGCAGGGUUUCUUGUUUUCAGUUAUGGAGCUCUCACACUUAUAUCAUGCUCUCUUGGCGUUAGAGAUGUGUUUCUCAGUUAUAAUGGUGUUAUGUAAUCCAGUGUCUCUAAAGGGGAACCUGGAUUCAUCUCCAUUCCCCAGUAGUUUCCUCUUCGGAACAGCCUCUUCAUCCUAUCAGUUUGAAGGAGCUUACUUGAGUGAUGGCAAAGGCCUGAACAAUUGGGACCUGUUUACUCAUAAGCCAGGCAACAUUGUGGAUGGAAGUAAUGGUGAUGUAGCUGUUGAUCAAUACCAUCGAUAUCUGGAAGAUUUGAAUCUCAUGAAUUACAUUGGGGUCAAUAGCUACCGCUUCUCCAUUUCAUGGGCAAGAAUCCUACCUCAGGGAAGAUUUGGAAGUGUUAAUAAGGCUGGCAUCAAUCACUAUAACAAGCUCAUCAACACUCUUCUGCUUAGAGGAAUCAAACCCUUUGUGACUUUGACUCAUUACGACAUUCCUCAAGAACUAGAAAAUAGAUAUGGGGCAUGGCUAAGUCCCGAAGUGCGGGAAGAUUUCAAGUAUUAUGCAGAUAUAUGUUUCAAACAUUUUGGAGAUAGAGUGAAGUACUGGGUCACCUUCAAUGAACCUAAUGUUGCAGUAAUCCGUGGUUAUAGAUCAGGACUUUACCCACCUUCUCGUUGUUCAAGCUCAUUUGGGAAUUGCAGUAGUGGGGAUUCUGAGAAUGAGCCUUUUGUUGCAGCCCACAACAUCAUCUUGUCCCAUGCUGCUGCCGUUGAUAUUUACAGAACCAAAUACCAGAAACAACAAAGAGGUAGCAUUGGAAUUGUUAUGAAUGCCAUCUGGUAUGAACCUAUAAGCAACUCCUAUGAAGACAAACAGGCAGCUGAGAGAGCUCAAUCUUUCUACAUGAACUGGUUCUUAGAUCCAAUCAUAUUGGGGAAAUAUCCUCUAGAAAUGCAGGAAAUUCUAGGGUCCGAUUUGCCUGUAUUUUCAAAUCAUGAUCAGAAGAAGCUGAAGAGUGGACUGGAUUUUAUUGGUGUUAAUCACUAUACCUCUUUCUACAUAAGAGACUGCAUGUUUUCUGUGUGUGAACAUGGACCCGGAAGUUCCAAGACAGAAGGCUUUGCCUUAAGAACCGCACUUAAGGAUGGGAUCUUCAUAGGUAAAUCGACUGCAGUUGACUGGCUUUAUGUUUAUCCUCAAGGAAUGGAUAAGAUAGUAACAUACAUAAAAAAGAGAUACAACAACAUACCAAUGUUCAUUACAGAAAAUGGGUUUGGUGAGAACGACAAGUCGGAUAGCCCAACUGAAGAGUCACUCAAUGAUCUCAAUAGAGUGGAAUACAUAAGUGGCUACUUGGACACCCUGGCAGCAGCUUUGAGGAAAGGAGCAGAUGUUCGAGGCUACUUUCUCUGGUCCUUGCUAGACAAUUUCGAAUGGACAUCAGGAUAUACAAUUAGGUUUGGCCUUCACCAUGUUGACUAUGCCACACUCGAGAGAACUCCAAGAGCUUCAGCAAUUUGGUACAAACAGUUCAUCGCCAACCAUACAAGCCCACAGGAGUUUAGUGCCUAAACAUGAACAAAGACAAUAUUUCAGAAGCAAACCGGGCAUCUGGCAGAGCAAUUCUGCAUUGUUUGGAAAGGCUUCUCCUCCGUAAGGCUUUAGUGAUCUAAGUUUACUGUAAUGUAAUUAGAAGCAUAUCAGUACAGUUCGGGUGGUAUCAGCAGUUCUUCCCAGUUGGGGUUGUAGCUCCAUAACCAGUAUGUUGAACAUUAAGCAUCAGAAAGUGACAAUGGAUGAUGGGUUUUCUGGCCGCUGAUUUGAGUACUCUGUAAAAUACUAAAUAAUCAAUUCAUGAUAAGUUUCAAAAUUCAUUUCUCAAUCCCAUCAUUGCCAUGAUUGUUUCACAAAAGGGCUUGAG